AUGUAUCCGAAAUUUGGGCUUAUCAAGUCUUCUAAGACACCGUUGCUUGGCGACCCCCUAGAAGAGCGACACCCCGCCUAUAGAGACAAGACAUGCAAACAAGUUACUGAUAAGAUACUCACAGACACUACAGAGACGUGCCCGAACACUGAAGAAGUACUGGCCGUGGAGUUGCUCCCCCACCACCGUUGCCGCGCCACAGCCCCUCCACCUGCUUCUCUGUGUCUUCAUUCAUCUGUCGGAAGGUCUGUCUUCCAUGUCCAUUCAUCACCUUCCUCUUGGACCGCUUUAAAUCGCCGCCUCUUUCGGUGUCCACUCCUCACGAUUUAUCGCCUCCUCUGGAAUGUUCUUCGGCUGGAGUGGUGUGGCUCCUAG